GGUUACGCAUUAAGAAUGGACAGGCAAUAAAUAACUGACCAACAACGAGUCCGAAUCAAACCUCUUCCAGACUUUGGUCCUUACACUUCUAUCUGGAGUCUUUCCUCAGCUUUAACUAAUUAAUCAUGGAAGUAGAUCUUGUCAACAGAGAUCCCAACGGUCUUAAUCAACAUAUCAAGGUCCAAUUUGAAGAUGUCUUGGCUGAACCCGAGGGUGCUCACAGUAUCGACUGCGUCUGGAAGCUGUCUUACACCUGCUUCAAUCUUUGGCUCGGUGUUUGCUACAAACUUUUGACCCUCUUCUACGGAAUCUGUAUUGCCGCCGAGUGGGGUUGCGAAUUUGCUUCGAUUGCUUUCUAUCAUAUUUGGUACAUCACACCAAUCUUGAGAAUGUGCGAGAUCAACUGUGCUGUGUUCACCAAGGUUACCAAGACCUGUAUGAGCUGCUGCUUGGAGCCAUGUUGUGAAGCUUGCGGUGCCCUCUUUGUCCAUUUCAAGAAAUAGACAGUCUGAGGUGCCAAGUUCAUUUUUACUGCCAGAAAUAAGUUCUUCAAAUUCGCGAUGUCAUUUUGCUUUCAUUGACAAUAUCAUGUUUAAAUGUAAUUCAAAAUUUUUCAAUGGCAUUGAAUAGAAACAAUGCUGAAUGACUGCCCAGUGUUUGUCGGACGGAUUUAAAAGCAUUGUUGGACUUUGCGAAUUUUCGAGUGUGGGAUAUCUUGAAAUAUCUUUUUAACAUUGCAGAAUUGUGAUAGAUAUAUUUAUAUAAUGGAAUAAUUUAUACAAAAUAACCUGUGAUUUAUUUAUUACUUGGAAACAAAUUUCUCAUAUAUUUUGUUACAUUUUUAUUUAGUUUUAAUAAAAAAACAUACCUAAGAAA